UUAUAUUCGUUUUUCAGACCCGCGACGAACAUAAUUGCAAUUUGCGAUGUGAUCUAUCAAUGUUCCUGGACUCAUUCUAAGGAGGAAGUUGAUAUUCUGCAAGAUUGAUUCCCUGCUGGGCAGCUUCAAGCAUGCAAACGAUGCAUGUUGCAGCUUUUCUUUUUCUCUCGUCCUGUCUCCUCGUUGUUCCUUUGGGUGCGAUGCGGUCACUCGGAUCCCUGAACCCUCGGGAAUCCAGCAUUCCUGUGAACAAAUCCUUAUAUCUGACAUGUUCUCUCGACCUGACGCACGAAGAUGUGAUCACCAACUCCUGGAACGCAAGUGUUUUAGGGAUUUAUCGCCCGAACAAAACCCAGAUCCGAGUACCUGAAAAAUUCGUUACCGUGUUAAACGCAAGCAGUAUCAUUUUUCGGAAGGACCCCGCAGACGCAACUGACACUGGAGACUAUCGUUGUAGUGUUCCUCGUAGCGAUGGAACGUUGAGAAACGUGGCGAUGGCUAGGGUUUACGUUGGAACACCGCCACAGGCCCCAACGAACGUUCGUUGCACUUCGAUCUUUCUUCGCAACCUUACGUGUGAAUGGAAAGAGCCUUUCAACGCCGUCAGGACAAAGUAUGCCGUUUUCUACCGACUUCCAGUGCGUUCCCCGUUGAAGUUCCGCUGCCCGACCCAAGGCUUUCUCAAACAAAACACGCGUCGGUGUUCUUGGCUCAAAGACGGAGAAUCUUCUUUCCUCGUUCGCGAUCAACUGCACAUUGGAUUCGACGCGAGCAACAACUUGGGCAAUGCUUCAUUUCUCGACGUGUUCACGUUUGAAACGUUUCGGAAUUUCGUGCCGCCGCCGGUGGUGAAUCUCAGUGUUGUGCCAGUGGGGAAUUCAACGGUUCAGGUGAAUUUCGGCGUGUCUUCUUUUGUGAAAUCACACAAGCAGCAUCUCGCGCAUGCCAUUAUGUGGCGGAGUAAUGCGUGCAACAGCGACUGGACCACGGUUUUCACGCAUAACGAAUCCCUGUUGCUCACUUUGCCCUUUUACAACCAGAAUUACGAGAUCAGCGUGAAAUCUUCGCCUGCGAACCCAUCAUUCGAUGACCUGUGGUCGGCAAGUGUUGUGUCAGUUUACUCUACCCCACCGUGGUUCCCAGAAGAGCCCUCGGUGCACCCAGCGUCAUUCGAAGCGAUAUUGGAAGCCGACGGUGAGACCAGAACCCUGGUCAUAUACUGGGUGAAACCCUCGAAAUGCCUAGAAAACGGAGAAGACUUUCGUCACGUUGUUGACAUUCUUUCUGGCGAGGACAUCGUCGCCAAUGCCACAAGUGUCGAGAACCGCGUCGAGUUCACCCAACAGCCUUCAAACUCAAACGUCAUGGUCCGAGUCACUGCUGAAAAUCGAGUCGGUGCUUCACCCAGUGCAUUUUUGAGCAUCCCUGCCAUGAGUUCGUUGCCGAAACCGCCGCGAAGUGUGUCCAGUGUCCUGUUCUCUCACGGAUUGUACGAAGUGUCGUGGUCUCCAUCAGUGGGCACCGCGUCUUACGCUGUUUUCUUCUGCGAGAAAAACACGACCGUGGCCACGUGCGACGGAUUGUUGUCUUGGCACUAUGUCGGGCAAGUGGAUAGGCAUAACGUGAGUGUGCCGAAUCCCGCGGCGUCGUAUCAUUUUGCAGUGGCCGCGGAUACGGACGGGAUUUGGAGUGGCAUGGCCUGGGCGACGUGUAGUGUGGAGUACAACAAGAUUAAGCGACCCUUGAGGAACGUGUGGGUCACUGGAAGGGAAAGUGAUGCUGUGGCACUGGCUUGGCAACACGAGUGUCAGAGUCAUUUCGGGCUCAUUAGCAGCGUCGUUGUGUACUGGUGUCAAGUCGGGGAUGAGAGUGGAGUUGGUGGUUGUGUGGCGAAAGGGGGUUCCACGACGUUUCUGGGACCCGCCGAGAAAGGAACCAUAACUGGACUCCUUCCGUUCUCCUACUACAAGUUCAACGUGGUGGUGCGAUCGAGAGGCGGUGAUUCUCCACCCAACGACCCUCCAGUGAUCGCCGGCACCUUAGAAGGCGCCCCGAGCUCACCGCCGUUAGUCUCCGACGUGGAAGUGGCGCCUCACGCAGCAGUGGUGCUCUGGCAAGUGCCAGAAGACCUCAACGGCAUCAUUCGCUAUUCCCGAGUCUGCGUCAACGACAGUUGCGACCAUUUGAUUCGCGGGAACGAGACUCGGUUCGAGAUUCGAGGCCUGCGGGGUUACACGGAUUAUGAAUUCCGGGUCCAGGUUUGCACCCGGACCCAGUUUGUGUGCUCUGUCUUUUCCAAGCCCGAGGUUCGUCGGACCCUCGUGACGACCCCGGGUCAAGUGACGUCACUCGUCGCCGACUCUGUGAAUGCGACGCAUGUUCGGGUGGUGUGGGGAAAGCCUGUUGAGGCGAAUGGACCCGUGACUUAUUAUCAGGUCAACGUGACGUCUUCGAGCAAGAACACCAGCAGCAGCAGGAAUUUACUCGAGCAGGACGACCUGAGGAAUGUGACGAGUGCCGCCAAGUUUUUCGACGUGCCGCGUUGCGUGGAUUCGGUGUAUGUUCGUGCUGUGAACGUGGACGAGUUUGGGCGGCAUUUGCCCGGGGAAUGGAGUCGGUUGUGGGGGGAUCCGUGCGCGGCGCCGUUUUGGUCGUCUGGGAAAUUGCUGGCGCUCAUUGCGGGUGUGUCUUGCAUUGCCGGGUUCUUGUUCCUCGGGGCGUGUUUUGCCGGCCGGAAGCUGAGGGAUCGAUGGAUCGAGAUGAAGAAUGUGGAAGUCAAGUUGCCUGAGAAGUUUGAAAGCUUUGGGUACGUGACACCAUCCAAUGGAGGAAUAAUUGGUGGAGGAGUGAUUGGAGACGUUCAUAAACCCCGGUUGGCCAUGUACUUGCGAAUGGACUCUGAAGAAGCGGUCAAGGAAGAGCCAGCGAGGGACGACGCCAUUUCGGGUUGCAGUGGCGCCGAUGAGACCGCUAGCACCGAGUCUAGAAGUCAUCACCCAUCUGACUCGGGCACCGACAGCAAAGGUGGGGAUUUCGAGGAACCUUCGUCGGGAUACACGAAGCUCGUGUGGAGAAUCGACGACCAGCCGAGUGACGCCAAGAAAAGGACGCCGGUUCAGGAUUACGUCACCAUCGGAUUUGAUGAGCCAACGCCGCAAAAUGCUGCGGAAGGUGCGAAGCCGAAUGGUUAUUGCCAGUUGGGUGAGGACUGGAAGUUCUCUCCGGAAAAGACGACACACGCGGAUGACUUCGGGUACGUGACCGUGGGUGGAGCAGCCAAUUCGUCUCUCGGCGACGCUUUCGAUUUUGACGAAGACUUGAAUGUGGGCGAGUUUGAUUUGACGUCGGGUCUGGAAUCGAAACCUCGGAUCUGCUCUGAUUACGUCCUGCCCAACUGAGGUCAUCAUUCCAUUUCAUCGAAUUUGUUUUGCUCAGCGAAAUUUUUAAUUUUUUUGCCAUGUUUGGUUGGACGCUUGACCCGCCGUUUUUUUUUUUCUUGAAAAAUUCGGUUGGUUGACUACAUGGUAAUUUGGCGGGUAAUUUAAAUUUCGUUGUGGAAUUCCGUGGGAAACUAACAGAUAUUCUUAGCAGCGAAAGAUUUAAUCAGGAGCAGCAACAUGACGUGUAUCUAGCGAAUUUUUGUGGGAGAAUUGAACUGCUGAUUAUUUCUGUUAUUUUUGAUCCAAUGUGUAAAACGCUUUCUUGUUUAUUUGGAGUGAAGUUCUGCUAAUGAAUCUCUGGUAACUUGUUGCGUUGCUUCAAAUUUUUUUUUUAACGAAAAGGAAAGGUUCCACUUCAGUACUUAAUUUUUUACGAGUGAAACUGUGCGUGUUUUUAUAGAGUGAUUAGGAGAAGAUUUUUAGAAAUUUUGCGGAUUAGUUGGUGAAUGAUGAUCAUCACCUCUGGUCACGGAAUGGAUAAUUACUCUCAUUCCAUUAAUUCCGGUCUGACUUUUUUUUUUUGUGACUCAUUUACCAAAUUUUGUUGGAUCAUGACCUACUUUACUUGAUGAUCAUUUCGAUUUGAAAUGAUGCGCAGUUUUCUUCGCUCCGUCGUUUCAGGUUUUUUGUCCGAAUUAAUGGAUGAGAAAGUGUUCGUCCAUUUCUAGCGACUUGUUGAAAAAAUACUCUCGUGAAAACUUGCAAAACGAGGCAUUUGAGAAAGAAAAAAAAAGACGAAAAUCUUAGACGAUAGUUGAUGAAGUCCGACAUGCGUUUGUAAAUGAAUUUUUUUUUUUUUUGCGGAUUCGAGAGCGUUUGACGAGAGUUGAAGGAUUUGUUGUUUUGUAUAGAUACUUCUUCUUGUUUGCAUUUCUUUCCCUUCCCGCUGCUUUUUUUUUUUGCGUAGUGCAAUUCGCCUAGUUAACUGAAGUAUCAAAAGUUGAAUAACUUUAGCUACAACGAAACAGUGAUGAUGAUGAAGAAAGAGGAGAAAAUCUGGGAAUAUUCUUGCCUCGUUUUUUUGUGGGAUCGAAAAAAAAAGUGUGGAUGCGUGUGAAACCCCGGUGAUGCAUUCGAUGGGCGGCUUUUUUUUCCGCGCGAGAUUGAUGUGAUUAUUUUGUUUCUGUUGCUCCGUUUUUUGAUGUGUGAAGAAAAAGAAGAAAAUGUUUUUGUCGAAAAGGUGAAAUAAUCCGAUGUGUACUUGGUGUAUUUCAUCGUGUGCUGCUCGAUGUUUUUUCCUAUUCCCGGAGAAGCAACUGGUGUGUAGCUGUAAUCGUGGGGAUAUUAUGUCUCUCUUUUUUUUGGCGAGGCUUAAAAUCAUGUUCGUCCUUGAGCUGUUUUUGUUUUUUUGGCAAUGCUCAAUGCUGCUGCUAUAUUUGCAUUUUUUCCUUUUGUUUCUCUCUCUCUUUGCUGGAGAAGAUUAAGCAAAGAGGCAGAUUUGGAGGAAAGAGGUCUUCGUGUAGCUUGGGUGUUGGAGAGAGGACAGAAGUAUUUGUUGGGAUGAGGAAUUCGUUUUCUAGAGACGAUUCCCGCGAAACUUAUGUGUGAGGAUGAGAGACAAGAACGAACUGUGUUUUUUUCAUA